AUGUUUCCACCACUGUUGUAUUUCGCGCGCAAUUGCAUGCAGCAGGUGUCAAGGACUACAUCGAUCCAUUCAUUGAGGAUAGUGACAACGUUGAGGUAGAAAUGGCUGAGUCGAUGCUCAUCUUGAGAAUGUGUUCCAUAAUAUUGGUCCUUGGUUUUUCAGAGGCCAAAAUGGAAAUCAUCACCAGCAAACCAGAUGUGUUGCUGGGUGAGAAUGCCAUGCUCCUCUGCAAAGCUGGUGGGGAAGGAGACAUCACCUGGCAGAAAGAUGGAGAGGAUGCUGAAGAUGACCAGGUUGAGAAAGUGGAUGAAACAUCGUCAAAACUGUUCAUCAGGAAUGCCAAGAUAGAGGAUGCAGGACGGUACACAUGCCUCUGUGAAUUUGACACAGGCCACAGAGAUUAUGUAUCUUAUGCCAUCUUUGUCUACGAGCCGCCAUCCUUUGGGCAAACACCGACCAACCAUGAGUUCCUGGAGGGUCAAGAUGUGGUCAUCACCUGCGUGGUCACUGGCAAGCCGGCGGUGGAAGUCAACUGGGAGAGGGACCAUCAGAAACUGCACUCUGACGCAGGUCGGAUCACAAGAUUGAAAGACAACUCCCUACAGAUCAACAACAUCAGCAGGAAGGAUCGCGGAUCAUAUACCUGUGAGGCUAAAAUCAAGGACCGGCCCAUUUUCAAAAAGCACGUCAUCUCCAUCUUCGUCAACGUUCCUCCCACAGUGAAGAUCCAUGAGGAGGUGAAGAAAGUCAUGGCCGGACCAGAGACCAAUGUCUCCCUCAGCUGCCUAGUCGAGGGAGUCCCCCAACCGAACAUCAUCUGGACAAUCCCAGACUCUUCAGAUGAGUCCCGCUACAAGUACAACUCGGACAAGAGCGAGCUCAUUAUCUCGUCCGUUGUCAGGAGCGACUACGGAGAGUACAUCUGCACGGCCAAGAAUAAGAUCGCAGAGAGCAGUGCCAUGAUCAUGCUGGAUGUCUCAGAGCAUCCUGUAGCAGUGCUGAGCCAGGAGAAGAUGAAGGUGGAGCCAGGCCAGACUCUCUCGGUGUCCUGUAACGUCUCAGGACACCCUAUGCCCGCGCUGCAGUGGGUCAGGAAGACCAACAAUGACCACCUGCUAACAGUGAGUUCCUGUCUGGUUGUGUUUGUGUGGAUACAGGACACUGGUGGAGGUCGAGUGAGAAUGGAGGAUGGCUAUGUCCUGGUCGUUGACAAUGUGACGUCCUCAGAUGGAGGGCUGUACAGCUGUAUGGCUAUCAGUCCUGCUGGCAACGCCUCCACAGACUUCAGCCUGCAGACUUGGCCAGGCAAAGCAUCCCAGGUAAGUGGCACCCCAGGGCCCACAUCGGUCCACUUCACCCUGGGGGCUUCCCUGGUGGACGGGGGCUCUCCCAUCACCCACUUCACCCUCCAGUGGAAGACAGGACGUGAGAACAAUUGGCAGGAGAGAGUCAUCCAGUCCACAGACCCCCUGGUUAUCACAGAUCUGAUUCCCUACACCUCCUACUCUGUCCGGUUUGCCCCUCGGAACCACCUGGGUCAGGGUGGCUUCUCAGACGAGCUCACAGUCCGCACACAGGGCAUACGAGGUGAAGUACUGACACGUGUUGUGAAACUGAAAAGGGAACCAGACAGCCCGAUCCUGGUGGCCAGCGAGGGGAGGUUUGAGGGCAAUAUGUUCUCAAUCCCUUUAACACAGUUGGACUGCGGAGGCUCCCCCAUUAUCCACUACAUUGUCCGUUACAGAGUGAAUAAGAUGGAUGAGGACUGGAGGGUGAAGGACCUGCCAUCCAACUCGACAGUGAUCAACCUCCAUGACCUGCAGUGUAAAUCAGACUACCACAUGGAGGUGCUAGCCGUCAACUCCUACGGCUCCUCCAGCCCAGCCAAGCUGAACUUCAAUGUCCCACAACCUGUAGCCAAGAUGAAUAAGGGUGGGAUGGCGAAAGGGGCUGUGGCAAGCAUUGUCAUGCUCAUCUUUUUGGUGCUACUGAUUGCUGUGGACGCCACCUGUUGCUAUACCAACCGCUGCGGCAUGCUGAUGUUCCUGGCUGUCAAGCUGUUUGGGCAGAAGGUCCCUGGGAUGAAGACUGUGGAGGAGGGUGACGGCACCUGUAAUGGGAAAACGUCCCCCAUUGGAGAUCCUGCCACAGAGGUCUGAGUUACUGAACAGGAAGUGACAUCCUAGUAUCUGAAGAAUGGAACUAGUAAAUGCCAAAGUAGAAAGGAGGAAGUAUUGUGAGUUGGGGGUCUUAGUUAAACAUUUUUGGAGAGUUCCCAGGACAGUCCAAGUUGAGAAAGGAUAAGGAUUCGGAAAGUUAUCUGAAUUGUAAAGUCUAACAUCAACAGAUGGUUGUAAUUUCAUCCAGCCCUGUGUGUUAAGUGUUUCAGUACCUUCUUGUUAUAUUUCAGUACAUUAAGGCGGCUGUAAUUUGUCAGGGAGACCUUCGUAGUUCAUUAAUUUAAUCAUAACUCAUUAUUUAUUGAAGUUUAUAUUCACUUUAAUCUGCAAACAAUCUGUAAGUGACAUAUCAUUAUUUGAUAAGGACAGUUUAUCCUAACAUAUUAACAUGUUUCCACAUUGAAUAUACAGCAUAAUCACGUUAACAAAUAACGACGUGUCAAAAUUACAUCUCUUCAAGUGUUGUAAUCAUGAGAAAUAUACAGAGCUCAUAUAUUA